UUUCUACAGCAAAAUCUUUGAAGAUCAAUUUCAUAUGUGUUUGGAGUUCCCCGCACAAAAUCGAUACAUUGUGGCCUUUCCUCUUAUUUGUGGACACUUCCAAAGCUGCACACAUGAACUAUGCCCAGAGGAGCGUCAUCACAUCAGAGAGAGAAGUUUGUCAGUUGUAAAUUUAUUCUUGGAAGAAAUGGCAAAAGAAGCAAAGAAUAUAAUAACAACAAUAUGUGAUGAACAGUGUAUAAUGAGUGAUAAGCUACUUCCAAAACACUGUGCAAUUUUAAUAUCACAGGUUGUAAACAGAAAAAAGAAAGACAAGAAUAAGAAGAGUUCUCCAGAAAUAGCCAAACCUGGAGUUAAAAGCUAUCGAAAAACCAGAGAAGAACUCACCACCAUGGAUAAACUUCACAUGGCAUUGACUGAACUAUGUUUUGCCAUUAACUAUUGCUCAACCAUCAAUGUGUGGGAUUACACUUUUGCACCCCGUGAAUAUCUGACACAGCAUUUGGAAACAAGGUUUGCACGGGCACUUGUAGGAAUGGUGAUGUACAAUCCAGAUACUAGUGAAAUUGCUAAACCUUCAGAACUUCUGAUAAGUGUUAGAGCUUAUAUGAAUGUACUACAGACAGUAGAGAAUUAUGUGCACAUUGACAUUACUCGAGUCUUCAACAAUGCGUUGCUGCAGCAAACACAAAAUAUGGAUAGUCAUGGUGAAAAAACAGUGGCUUCACUAUACACUCAAUGGUAUUCUGAGGUUUUAUUGAGAAGAGUGAGUGCAGGCAAUAUUUGCUUCUCCAAUAUUCAGCGUGCUUUUGUUAGCCUGACAGCAGAAGGUGCAAUUCCAUUUAAUGCUGAAGAGUUUUCAGACAUAAAUGAGCUACGAGCAUUGGCUGAAUUAAUAGGCCCUUACGGUAUGAAACUACUGAAUGAGACUCUUAUGUGGCAUAUUGCCAGUCAGGUACAAGAGCUGAAGAAAUUGGUAACUGGUAAUAAGGAUGUUUUAGUAUCUCUGCGAACUAAUUUUGACAAGCCAGACAUAAUGAAAGAGCAGUUCAAGAAAUUGCAGCAUGUUGACAAUGUGUUGCAAAGGAUGACAAUUGUGGGGGUGAUUUUGAGUUUUCGGCAGUUAGCACAAUCAGCCUUAGUAGAUGUUCUAGAAGAAAGAAUACCAUUUCUUUUGAGCUCCAUACUUGAUUUUUAUAACCAUCUUCCUAGUGGAGACUCAAUGGUUAGUGUUGCUGUUGUUCAGGCUGUUAGUGAAAUGGCAUCUGCAGCAGGAUUGAGUUGCAAGGUUGAUCCCACUCUUGUAGCUGCCCUUCGAAAUCAAAAGAAUGAUUCAGAAGAAGAUGACCACCUAGUGGCAUGUUUGCUGAUGGUUUUUGUGGCUGUGCCAAUCCCAAAAUUAGCUCGCAAUGAAAAUUCAUUUUAUCGAGCAUCACUGGAAGGACAUGCCAAUAAUAUACAUUGUAUGGCAGCUGCUGUAAACAACAUUUUUGGUGCACUUUUCACAAUAUGUGGACAGGGAGAUAUGGAAGACCGAAUGAAAGAAUUCCUCGCUCUUGCUUCUUCAAGCUUGUUACGCCUUGGACAAGAAGCAGAUAAGGAGGCCAUUCGAAACAGGGAGUCAGUAUACCUACUUCUUGACCAGAUAGUGCAAGAGUCACCUUUUCUUACGAUGGAUCUGUUGGAGUCGUGUUUUCCUUAUGCUCUCAUCAGGAAUGCUUACCAUGCUGUUUACAAACAGGAGCACAUGCAAGUGUAAAGCACAAUGGACAUCAUUUUUUUAAAUAACGAGUGAUAUGCUAAAUGCCAAACUAUUCUGCUGUUCAUCAGAUAUGUGUAGAUUUUGUAUGCAACAACACUGCCUUUAACCAAAAUAAAAUGUAAAUUUUGUGUA